AAUAAAAUAAAAUAAAAUAAAAUAAUAAAUCAAUCAAAAGUUUUUACUUAAAUCAUUGUUAAAUGUUGUCUUCUUAUUUGUGUGACCCUUCUGCUUCUGUUUAUUGUUAUUUAUUUAUAUUCAAAAAACAUUUUAUCGGAUAAAAAAGAAAACUUCUCUCCUUUCGUUGUGCAAAUAAUUAAUUUUUCCAUUUUUAAUGUGUCCAUUUUGUUGUUGUUAAUUAUUUUAAUUUUGUCAAGACCUCUCAAGGAAUUUCACACCAAGAUGAGUGCUUUUGAGGUAAACAUAACACCAUCGCGUCUGAAAGCGAACAAACGCAUCGAGGGACGGGAGCCGACGAGCGUUGUUAUGGCUCCAUUCUCGUCCAAAGCCAUCGUCACCUUCGAAGAUGUGCCGGUCUCAAAGACUGCCAAGCGGAUUUUGAAGAUAUUCAAUCCUUCCAGUGAUGAAAUUGAGGUGAAUGUAACAAAAUUCAUUCGUGCUGAGCACAAUGUUACCAUUGAUUGGACAUCAAACGUUGUACCUGCCGAAGAACAAAUCGAAAUGGAAAUGAUAUGGAGUCCAACCAUGGAAAUUGCCUGCAAAGAAACCCUCCAAUUGACUGACAAUAGAAAUUUCCGCAAAGACAUUAUGGUCAUACUUAAAUCCAUUAGCAAUAAACCAGCUUCAAAGAACAUCAAACGUUUCCCAACGAUCUCAUCGUCUACAUCAAGCCACAACAAAGUCCUCCGCCUCAAGUCGCCAACCCACUCCAAGCCAAAUGCCUCAUCCCAGCAACGUCGAAACAGACAAUCAAUAAAUUACAAAGCCCAAAAGACUGAUCGAAUGUCGCCGGUUGCCCGAAAGCAUCAUCAACAUUCGCAAAAGAAACAAAUCUCACCGUUGCUCGAACGAAAUGUUCCACGAAUCUGUUUCGAAGACAUGAAUUCAUUGCCAACGCAGCCUCGAACCAUAACUCGUCCCUCAGUGGCAGCAGCGUUUACCCCACACAAAGAGAAUGUGAGUCCCCUGACGCCUGGCAACGUCCUCGAUCUAAUCGACAAGAUGCAGUUCACUCCAGCGACCAACACGAAAGUCAAACUAGAGCCCAUCACUGACCUUGAUUAUCAUUCGUCCCUUCCCACGCCAGUCAAUCGCAAUGCACCCAGUGUUGAUGAGAACUUGGCCCGACAACUUCGUCCAAGACGACUUGCGGCCGAGACCUCUGAGGACGAAGUCAGUCCAUUGAACUUGAAGAUGGAGCCCCGAACUGCCACCGUCGUCGUUAAGCGGGAGAAUGAGGAGAAUUUCGAGAACUAUGCGGGCGCCCUGAAUGUCCAAACCCCCCUAAUCAACAACAAAACUUUCGAUCUGAAGCUCAUGGACCGGUCAGAUGCUUCCAAUGAAUCUCAGGAGAGCCUGGAAGCAGCCUGCGAUCGAGUUGUCUUCAACAAAACUGCUACAGUGACUCCAGCCCUGUCACGCCCUCUCUCGAUGAUAGAGGAAGAGGACGCUCACAAUGCACCCAACAUCUUGCAAAAAACCUACGAAAUCAAGGUCGAUCAACAGCUGAAGAGAGACGUCAAGCUCGUCGGAACUCCCCUGCGGAAAUACUCGGAAUCCAUGAAGGAUCUAUCCUUGAAGUCCCCCUCCUCGAAGAUUUCCAUCCAAGGAUCAAUGCCAAAUCUGAAUGAGAUGGAGAACAUACAAUCCAUUGAACAGAAUCGAUACUACCACGCCCCCUUGGCCUCGACGGUCUCGGGCACAGUCGAAAAGAAAUACAACCUCAAGCCCAAGGUGAUCUGUUUGGAUGAGUCUGAUGCUUCCAAUAACAGCAUGGUAAGUUGUACUUCCCAGGCAGACCUCCUGUUCAACCAGAACGAGAUCCUAGCGCAGUCCAGUCGCUUCAAUCUCAACGAGAUCGGCAGGAAAUCGCGGAAGAACAGUCCUGUGAGUGUACCAACGCCACAUCACCGCAAAGCAAAUACCCCCACAAAAGUCUCGAAAAAACUCAUAGAAAGUCCCAACAAAUCGAUCGGCACCAAGCGCUACAGGGAUCUGGCACUGCUAGACUCACCCGGAAGCGAUACCUCCACCUUGAGCAUUCCCAAAGUCAUCGCUGCGAGUGUGUCGCCUCCGAAGCGGGCUAAGUUCGAAAGUGAUCCGUUUACCCGCCCUUCCAACAGCAGCAAAUGGCCAACGAGUCAGCCGAGAAAACCGAAACUUUCACGGACCCUGUCGCUGGUAAAGAAGCCCAUCACACCACGAAAGAUCAAGGAGGAGCCGAUUGUGAAGCUCUACGAUUCGGAGAUGUACAUGCAGACGUACAUAAAUCCCGACCCCUUUGCGGCGACCACAACCAGAGAUCCGUUUCUCGCGUCGACGAUGUAUCUGGACGAGAGAGCAGUUGAGAAGCAUUUGGUUGCCUUCAAGAAGUGGCUCAACGCCUUGGUGACCAUUCCGGCUGAGCUCGACGCCGACUGCAAUCAGAAGAUCGACGUGGGAAGGCUGUUCAACGAAGUCCGCAACAAGGAACUCAUCCUAGCCCCGACCAAGGAGGAGCAAUCCAUGAACUAUCUCACCAAGUUUCGUCUGGAGAGUCUCCGCCAGGAAGCCAUAAGGUUCUUUAUGAGCGAGGAGAUGCAGAUCCCAUGCUCCAAAGUGGCGGUGUAUGUGCACAAGAAGGCGAUAAGCAUUCGGACCGACAGGAACCUGCAUCUGGAUGUGGUCAUGCAGCGAUACAUCCUGGAACUGCUUCUCUGCUUCAAUCCGCUUUGGUUGCGUUUGGGUCUGGAAGUCGUGUUCGCAGAGAAGAUUCAUCUGCAUUCCUGCUCCGAUGUGGUGGGCCUGAGUACGUUCAUUGUGAAUCGCCUCUUCAAGGACAAAUUUUUGGAGCAGAGGUACUCGAAGGCCUACACUCUGUCCGACGAAUACGCCGACCACAUAAAGAAGUUCACCCUCCAGAAGGUGCUCUUUCUGCUGCUUUUCCUGGACAAGGCCAAGACCAAGCGCAUCAUCAAGCACAAUCCCUGCUUGUUCCUCAAAAAGUCUCCCUACAAGGAGGCCCGAGAGAUUCUGCUGAAGUUCUCGUGCGAACUUCUGGCCAACAUCGGAGACAUUACCCGGGAUUUGAAGCGUCUGGGCUAUGUCCUCACCCACAAACAGAACUUCCUCGACGAGUUCAACUACGCCUUCAGCAAUAUAGCCGUGGAUCUUCGUGACGGCAUCAGGCUGACGCGAGUGAUGGAAAUAAUCCUCCUGCGGGACGACAUGAGCGAGUUGCUCCGAGUUCCGGCGAUUUCCCGCCUCCAGAGGAUCUACAAUGUCAAUUUGAGUCUGAAGGCGCUGGCCGAGGCUGAUUUCGAGCUGAAGGGCGACAUCACAGCGGCGGACAUUGUCGAUGGCCAUAGGGAGAAGACUCUCUCGUUGCUAUGGCAGAUAAUCUACAAGUUCCGUUCGCCGAAGUUCCAUGCAGCGGCGAGGGUCAUUCAGUUGUGGUGGAGGAACUCGUGGUUGUUCGUGUGCAUCCGUCGAAGGAUUCGCGUGAAGAUAGAGAAGAGGCGCAAUUUGGCCGCCACCACCAUCCAGAGCUUCUACAGGGGUUACAUGUCCCGCAAAUACACGCGGGUGUUCCGUUGGGAAAGAACGAAUGCCGCCAUCUGCCUGCAGAAAUACAUUCGCCGAUAUUUGGCUCAGAAGCACUUCUGUCGCACUGUGAGCAGUGUGCUGUGCAUUCAGCGAAUGUAUCGAGCUGUCAAGUACGGAAUGUUGAUAAGGCAGAGGUUUGUGGACUUCCGCAACAGGGUGAUCCUAAUUCAGAGCUGGUUUAGGCGAAUAAAGUUAGCCCGAAAGCUCCAGCAAGCAGCUCCAAUCAUUAGGGCUCUGAAAGAUGAAGCCCGUUUACGUCACAAUCAGGCUAUUGUAAUUCAGCGCUACUUUAAGGCGUUUACUUUGCGUCAAAAACUCCGCAGAAUUGUCUAUGAAGUUGUCAGCAACAUCAGGAGCUCGAAACUGGAAUACAAGAGUGCGUCAAGGAUCCAAUCGUUCUAUAAAAUGAUUAAGAUUCGUGGAGAAUUUAUAAAGAAAAGAGAGGCCGCUUAUAAGAUUCAGCAAAUGUGGAGGAGCUAUAAAAAGAUGAAAAUAGUCCGUGAAGAAUACCUAAUUCAGCAAAAGAGUGCAAUUCGUAUACAGAGACAUUACCGUGGCUAUAAAUUAAUGGAAAAGGAAAGACGUGAAUAUGUGGAACUUAGGUCUGUGGUUAUGAAGCUCCAGAGUCGUGUGCGAGCAAAUAAAUUGUGUAAAAUCCAACGAACGGAGUAUUUGAAAAUUCGAAGAAGUGUUGUGGUUAUUCAGCAGCGUUUUAGAGCAACUUUACUCAUGCGAAAAGUCCGUUUAGAUUAUCAGAAGGAGCGAACUAUGAUAAUCAAAUGUCAACAGCGCUAUCGGGGAAUCUUAUGUAUGCGAAAACAGCGCGCUGAAUAUGUUGAAAUAAGAUCGAAGGUGAUCGGCAUACAGAGAUUCUUUAGGGGCUGGCUCCAAAUGAAGAAAGAUCGAGCUGAAUUAAAGAAAAUAUUAUAUGUAAUCUCAAUUCAGCGCAGGUUUAGGGCAACUCUUUUGAUGCGAAACGUGAGAAAAGUGUAUCAAACAGAACGAUUGGCAAUAAUAAAGUGCCAACAAAGGUAUAGAGCGAUUGUUUCGAUGCGAAAACAACGUGCUGAAUACGCUGAAUUAAGAUCCAAAGUAAUUUCCAUACAAAGAUUCUUCAGAGGAUGGCUGCAGAUGAAGAAAGAUCGCGCUGAAUUUAAGAAAACUAUGAAAAUCAUCACAAUUCAGCGGCGUUUUAGAGCUACAUUGUUGAUGUGGACAAUUCGACGAGAGUAUCACAGGCAAAGAUGUAUUAUAAUUCGUAUUCAGCAACGUUUCCGAGCAACUCUUUACAUGCGAAAACAACGUGCUGAAUACCUGGAGUUGCGAUCGAAAGUCAUAUCCAUCCAGACAUUCUAUCGAGCUCGUCUUCAAAUGAAGAAGGAUCGUGCUGAAUAUGUAAAUAAAAGAAAUGCCAUUGUAAAAAUUCAGCAAAAACUUCGUGCUACGAUUUUAGCCUGCAAAGUACGAGCUGAAUACGUUCGGCUUAGGCACUAUACUAUUGCAAUUCAGCGGCUUUAUCGUGGUUUGAGACAAAUGCGAGUUGAACGUAGUGAAUUUUUAGAGAAACGUUCGUGUAUCGUGCGGAUUCAGCGCCGUGUUCGAGCUAUUCAGCAAAUGAAGAUCACACGACUGGAAUUUCUUCUCCUGAAAAAGUCAACAAUAGCGAUUCAGCUAAGGUUCAGAGCAUAUUUAGCUAUGAGAUUAGAUCGCGCUAAAUUCAGGGGGAAGAAGUUAGCUGCCUUGUGUAUUCAGCAACGAUUCCGGGAGUACCUUACCACGAAAAAGCUUCGAAAUGAUUUCCUCACUCAGAAGAAAGCAGCCAUAACUAUUCAGCACAGGUUCCGAGCACUUCUCACAAUGAGAAAUGAGAGACUUCAAUAUGAAACCGUACGAAAGAGCGUGGUAUGUAUGCAAAGACGGUGGCGAGCACAACAAGAAAUGAAACUUGUUAAGGCGCAAUAUGAAAAUACCCUUCGAUUGAUAAUUGCUAUUCAGCAGCGUUUCCGAGCCAAGCUCCUCGGACGGGAGGUCAGGAGAGGAUUUGAAAGAGAAAAGUCGGCGAUAGUUGCAAUUCAGCGCCGAUUCCGCUCGAAGCUUCUCAUGAAAAAGCUACGAAAAGUCUAUAUAGAGCGCAUCGAGAUUGUGAUUCGAUUUCAGCAACGAUUUAGAUGUUACUUGCUGAUGAAAGAGCAAAGAGAGUUGUAUCUUAGGCAAAGGCAAUCAGUUCUCAACAUCCAGAGGUGGUACAGGUCGAUUCUUCAAAUGCGGAAAGAAAAGAAAAACUAUGAAAAAGUGAGGAGGGCUGUUAUAGCAAUUCAGCGGUAUUGCAGAGCAACUUUGCUCGCUCAAAAGCAACAAGCUAAAUACUUAGUUUUGCGGAAUUCAGCUAUUGUCAUUCAGCGAAAACUUCGCGCAACUCUUGCCAUGCGUGAGGAACAAUGCCACUAUCGGAAACAAAGGCACUGUGCGAUCAUAUUGCAGCGCAGGUAUCGUGCUCGCCUGGUGAUGCUGAAAAUGCGCAGCCAAUAUUUGCUCAUAAAGUCUUUGAUUGUCUGCAUUCAAAGGAAGUUCCGCGCAAACAGAGCCAUGAAGUUGGACCGUCAGGAAUUCCUCCGCUUGAAAAAGUCGACAAUAUUCAUUCAGCAAAAGUUCCGCGGCCGCAGAGAGACUGCCUUCUUGCAGGAGAGAUUCUCUCAACUUAAAAGAGUCGCCUUAGGUCUGCAGGCCUUUGGAAGAGGAGUCUUGGCAAGAAGGCGUUAUGAGGAACUUAUGACGCCCGAAUUCAGACAUCAAGUGUUGCAGCGGAAGGCUGCUGUGAUAAUUCAGCGACAUUGGAGAGGUUAUCGCGUACGUAGACGCUGGGAGAACGUACGCAUUCGCACAAUACGCCACAACAUUAAUCUACUUAAACAGAGCAAAAAUGUGCUGAAUACCAUCAGGUGGAAGGUACAAGAUUCUGUACGUAUUCUGCGGGGAAGAUUUAGUGCUUCAGAUGCUCUAAAUGUACUUUCAAGAUUAGAACGAAUGUCCCGAACUGUUCCUCAUCUGCUGAUGGAUCAUUCAGACUUUAUUUCGACCUUUUGCUAUGGCAUAAUGGCCCAGGCGAUACGCUCAGAAGUGGAUAAGCAACUUAUCGAAUACUGCAGUCGUGUUAUAUUGAAUCUGGCCCGCUACAACAGCACCACGGCCAAUACAUUCCAGGAGGGUGGUCUGGUCACCAUCGCACAGAUGUUAUUGCGAUGGUGUGACAAAGAUUGUGGAAUAUUCAACACCCUCUGCACACUUAUUUGGGUAUUUUCACAUUGUCCUGAGAAAAGACAGAAAAUCCGCGAAUUCAUGACAACAUCCGAAGCCAUCUAUGUUGUUCGGGAAACGAAAAAGCUAGUCGCUCGCAAGGAAAAGAUGAAGAAGAAUAUUCGGAAGCCCUUGAUGACGUCGACGACGACGUCGUCGUCUGUUCGGGGCCAACAAGGUAUCAUAUUCGGAGACAAGACUUUGCCAAGUGUUGAGCCGGAUUACGGUGUGAUAAACAACAAGCCAUAUGUUUUUGUAUCUUCAGUAUUUGCCUUCGAUACGAUACUUUCGAGGUUAAAAAUUGAUAUUUAUAGUUUCAAUUGAGUUCUUUUUCUUUUGUUUUUCUUUAUCUAUUUAAUUAAUAUCGUAUCUCCUCUUCUGUAUUAUAGUUAUAUAUUUUUUAAAAAAUGUACUCAUGUACUCAAAAACUAGUGUUUUUGUUUUUGUUUGGAUGUAGUUCAAUGUAGUUCUCAAUAAUUUGUGUUUUAUUAAACUAUUAUUAUUAUAAUUUGACCUUAAUUUGGGUUCCUAAAGCAGGCAACUAAGGAUUAUUAUACAUAACUAUUAUUAUUAUAAUUAUUGUGAAAAAUACUGUUAAUGUCUAAGAUAUGUGUGUAAUAUUAUACAAGAAAAUAUAUUAUUUUUUUCUAAAAAA